GUUUCCUUCAAAGCUUCGAAGAAACUCGUACUUGUCGUCUCGGAAGAAGGCCCCACUCGGAAAAGGUGCUUUGCAUGCAAGCUGAGUGCUGGUCUUACCGAUACUCCGACGAAACGAUGACCUGGGACCAGGCCCGAGCGUGGUGCCGUGCAUACCACGGCGACCUGGUGACCAUGAAAAACCAGGAGGAGAUCGACCAUCUCAAAACGUUGUUGGUCCCAAGGGGAGGCCGCUACUGGAUCGGGAUCCGUAAAAUCGACAACAAUUGGAAGCGGGUUGACACCAACGAGCCUGUCACAAAUGAGGACACCAACUGGGGGCGGCGGGAGCCCAACAACUAUAGAGAUCCAAGUAACCCUAACAGGAAGGAGGAUUGUGUGGAAUGGCUAUACUGGAAAUGGAACGAUUUGUGGUGCGGUUCCAAUCAUUAUGCUUUGUGCUAUGUUCCAGCUUCUUGCCAACGUCACUCAUGCGUCCACGGAGAAUGCGUGGAAACCGUACCCGGCCACAGAUGCCAGUGCACCGAAGGCUUCGAUGGAGACAAGUGUCAGCAUGCGGUUGAGUGUGACGGAAGCGAGCUGACCUCCCCUCCCAAAGGCAGCGUUUCCUGCGCUGACAUGGAUGGCAACUUCGCCUUCGAUUCACUGUGCCACUACUCCUGCGAGGUUGGAUACGAGCUCAGCGACCCGGAACCCUUGAGGUGCACUGCCACCAGAAACUGGUCACAUCCUCCGCCGACAUGUGAAGCUGUUGAGUGCAGCGAGCUGACCUCCCCUCCCAAGGGCGACAUUUCCUGCACUGGCAUGGAUGGCGACUUCGCCUUCGAUCCGGCUACGAGGUUCAGCUACGGGAACAACUGUACGUUCAGUUGCCAGGACGGCUUCGAGCUUCAAGGGGUGGUCAGCAUGGCGUGCACGCACUCCGGCGAGUGGAACGCCGCACCCCCAACAUGCGAAGAGUCCGCGUCUCAGUUGAGUGCCAUUGUGGCUGGCGCAACAAUAGGUGGCGUUGUUGCCUUGUCUGCUCUGUCUCUGCUUGUGUGGAUCCUGCGACGGAGGAGGAGGGAACCAGCCGACGACCUUGUGAUAAUGAAGCAUGUCCGACAUUGAAGACCCUCCCGCGGUACAAGAAGGCACUGACAGCCCCAUACCGGAUCGUGACAUCACCGUUUUUCUUUAAACGACAGUGACCAUGGGAUCAUUCCAAACGCUGAAUGAAACGAAAAAAAAGUAAUGUCGCUGACACGUAUUUACUCGAAUUUUGAUCACUUUUACUAUCCUCUCCUUUCUACACUGUUGCGUCUGAGUUUGAAUGUGUGCAACCAAUUAAUUAACUCAUUUAAUCCCACCUGUCACAUUUGUGAAGGGCAACAAUGAUUUCAUUUACAGAGCUCUACAAUUUUUUUGGACCGAUUACUUAAAAGGGCUACCAAUGACACCCGAUUUUGACUUAGAAAUGUCUGGGGAAAAUGUUGUUGUUGUUUUUUUUUUGUGAAUGGGUUGAAGCCGACCAACUGUUGUCCGACCCGCAGCCGGCAUCGGGGACCCCUCCCUGUCGGUGCCAUCACAACGUGCCGCCUCGGAACCUUCCCCUCGGUCAUCGGGUCCUCGACUCUCUCCCCACCAUUGGCGGGGCGCAGGGGGUUCAAUGGGCAUCAGUUGUAGCGGCGGUCGCCGGUGUUAUUGUUCAUGUGUUUCUUUUGUGACCGUUUUGAUCAAUAAAGCAACUGAA